AGUUCUCUGCUUGUGACUUUUCUAAAAUUCUGAAAGUUUUUCUAAUAUUACGGAUUUUUUAUGUAUUAGUUUUAAGACAAAAUAUAGAUUACUUAUAUUGAAACAAUGGCUGGAAUUAAAGGUUUGGUGUCCCUGGCCUUUGCUGGAUCUAUUGGAAUGACAUUUGUUAUACUAGCAUGUGCCUUGCCACAGUAUAAGUUAUGGUGGCCGUUCUUUGUAGUCCUCUUCUACAUCCUUUGCCCAAUUCCGACCAUGAUCGCUCGACGUCACACCGACAGUGCAGGCGGAACAAACUCACCCUGUAUGGAGGCAGCCAUCUUUAUAACCAUGGGCAUACUUGUUAGCUCAUUUGCUCUGCCCAUUGUGCUUGCGAGAGCUUCUGUGAUCCUGUGGGGUGCCUGCUAUUUAACACUAGCAGGUAACGUUAUCGUAUACCUUACCGUUCUCGGAUUCUUUACAAUCUUUGACAUGGACGACUCCGAUUAUGCGAUGUGGUGAGAGAUCUAAAAUGUCUUUGUUAUAGACAAAAUUAUACACAGAGACGAUAGUAAAACAGAUUUUUUGUAUUAUAAGAAAUGUGGCUAUACCUAUUGUUUACCCAUAUGUAAUAAUUUAAGUCUGAUAAUGAUACUGAUAUUAAUCUAAAUAAAAUUGAGUUUAUAUUGUUUAAGUCAUUAAUGAUUUUUUGUAUUAUCUGUUGCUGUAUCUCCCUUUAUAGUUAAUAUUGUCUUUGGUUGGUUGUACGGUUGUUCUAUUUAAUUUGCAGGUUAACCUACUUAAUUAAGUAUUUUAAAGAAAAUUGUAUUUAACAUUAUAAAAAUAGCAUGUGUAUUUUUUUACGAAUUAGCGAAUUAAUCCUCAUGCCUAACCUUUAAUAAUUACGAUAUGAAUGUUUUUAAUUAAUACAAAACAGUUUAAAUACAUAGAUAAAUAAAUUUAUUUUUUGUUAUAUUUCCUUGUUUGCUUAGUUAGUUUAAAAGGAAAAUUAUAAAUACAUGUAUGUAAUAUUCAUUUUACAGAAGCCUUUAAGGUGAGUUUGUAUAGAUGAAGGAUUAUGUACAAGGUAGGAAAAACUUUGUCUGUUGCAUUAUGCGGUCACCAAAAUAUAAACUCAAAAAUAUCUUAAAAUAUUAUUGGUAUGUAAUUUUUUUUUACAUAUAAAUGACCUCAUCCGAGUAUAUCCCGAUUUUUUUUACAAAAAGAAUUAUAAAAUAGAGUCAGUCACGUAGAAGAUCAAGAGCAAUUAUAUGCAUAGUUGGCUGGAUUGUGGCGGUUAAAGAAAAAGUAAAAAAAAAUUAAGUUUUAUUUUACAUUAUAGCUACAUAACGCUAGUUAAUAUGAUUUCAGUACUAAUUAGAUCCUUUGUUUAGCUUCAAUGCAUGCAUGUAAUAGAUAAUUAUUUAUAUGGUUGGUUUUCGCAUUGAACCCACUUAAGAGGUUCCAUCAUCACCAUAAUUAAUCAUGGAUUCACCCGGAAAAACAAUUUUUUGACUCUUGACUAUGCUCCUGUCGGAACCAACACUUAUCAACACAAGUAUUUUGAAGCCAUUUUUAAAAUUCCCCAAUGAGAGAUAACCCCACUCCCAAAUGGGCGUAAUCAGCUAUUUAAUAAAAUGAAAAAAAAAAUAAUAAAAUUCAAUUAAUUUGUUAAUUUGAUUCGUAUAAAUUAUGUAGGUAUCUUAUCGUAACGUUAUUAAAAAAUGUUUAUUGAAAGAACUUUAAGAUUAGAAAUUAUAUUACUUUAAUAUUAUAUAACAAAAGUUAACAGUGGGUAGAAAUGUUACGUAGGUUGUCCACGCCGACUGCAGCGAUUCAGUAGCGAUACAAACUCAAAACGGCUUUGCAUCAAUGUUCAAUACUGUCAGGAUACUGAACACAACACUGAUACAUACGUGAUGCAGCAUGUAUACAACGUGUUCUGAAGGAUACAGUCGAGCUGAUGAUAUAGGCUACUUUUUCUGGCCCUUUUGAAGCUGAAAUUCGCCUUUUUUAUUAGGUAACACGGUACCAUAUUUAUCCAUAUCCCUUUUUUCUGGUGUGAGGCUUCGGCCGUCGCUAGUUUCCACCCUACUGACAAAGAUGUGCCGCUGAGUGAUUUAGCGUUCCGGUACGAUGUCGCGUUGAAAUUGAUUAUUAGCCUGCCACCACCUUAGUCUGGAUUAUAGCUUAGCACCAGCCGAGACAGCAGUCAGAGCCUACUUUUAGUUGAAAAGAAGACCCCAAUAUCGCCUGGAACAGAUGAACAAUAAAUUCGAUGCUAUUGUAUCGUUCGCGAGUUGCAAAUGCGACAAAAACGGCUCAGAAUCGCUGCUACAAGUUGCCUUGGGGUAACCUCUAGCAUUAUAAGAUUUCAUUUUUAUUACAUUUCGAUUUCGAUUAUCUUUAGUAAAAAACUUCAUACUUCUUCAGUAAAAUCUUUCCUUUUUUUAUGUAAUAACCUGCACCCAGAUACAUUUUUUUUUAAUUUUACAUUCCUGUUAUGUAUAUUAUGUAAAUAUAGUAUUAGAAUCGGGUCACAAUAUAAAUGUUACUACCUGCUUUA